AAUUGGGUAAUAAUAAUAACAGAAAUGCACAGCAACACAGCUCUAAUUACGUGUACAAGGACUUCAUAUUGAUAACUAGCUACAUUACAGUAGGUCUAAUGUGAAAGGUUGAUACUUGAAAAGUGUGUGUUAUCCAAGGAUAAAUGACUAUGCCUCACAGCUUUAGAUACCCAGGACUGAUGCAAUGGACCUUUGGAAUUGUUUUGUUCUGUUCCAAGAAGAAGAAUGGUUUACAUAAAGUAUUUGUCUAGCUGUACUACAAGGAAAUCGAGAUCCACGAAAUUCGGAAACGCUGGGUUUGUCGUACAGUGGUUUGAGCGACCGGUAUUGUGACCAAUUAGGAAUAAGGAUGAUGUUGUUUACACGGCGGCCAGUACCAACAGGCAAUAGAGUUGGAGGAGGGGACUGAAGAGGUGCGUCAGCAGAAGAAGGAAGUGUUUUGAGUGGAAGAAAGGAGGAUAAAGUUCAAGUCAGUGCUGAGAUGUGUCCUGAAGCCCUCCCUGGGAGUACUUGCCAUCUUUUCUCUCUGUGACUCAGCAGAGAGAAAGGGAAACUCUUCAGCAUCUGGGGUUGUGUGCUGUGGUUCCUACUGCACAUCGCUCCCAGUGAAUCUUUCAGCUGGACUCAUCUGUAUCAUCAUGGAGAUCAUAGUGGCCAAAGUGCUUUGUCUGCUGGCAGUGUUUGCUCUCAUGCUGGCUGGGGUUCUCAUUCCAGUGCGGGUCAUGCAAGUUGACUAUGAGAAAGCCCAAAGAUACAGGAAGAUUCUUGCCCUCUGCAACUCGUUUGGUGGGGGCGUCUUUCUCGCUACCUGCUUUAAUGCCCUUCUGCCUACUGUAAGAGAGAAGGUGGCGGAUGUCCUAAAACUGGCGCGCAUUCAGACGGACUACCCCCUGGCAGAGACUAUGAUGAUGAUAGGUCUCUUUCUGACGGUGUUUGUGGAGCAGACGGUGCUGACAUUUCGCAAGGAGAAGCCAUCUUUUAUCGACCUUGAGACCUUCAAUGCCGGCGGCUCUGAAGCCGGUAGCGACUCCGAGUAUGACACGCCGUUCAUCGCACCCCCCAGGGGCUCUGCGGGGGGCCACCACCACCACUCGCACCAUCACGGACACCUGAGCCCUUCGGAUUUGGCACGGGCGGGACCAUUACGCCUUGCCAGCUUGGUCCUUGCCCUGUCUGCCCACUCUGUCUUUGAGGGGCUGGCCCUAGGGCUGCAGGAGGAUGGGGCCAAGCUAGGAGGCCUCUUUCUCGGGGUGGCCAUCCACGAAACCCUGGCAGCUGUGGCACUAGGGGUUAAUGUGGUCAAAGCCAGUCUGCCCAUGCGGGAUGCCAUCAAGCUGGGCAUCGCAGUGAGUCUCAUGAUCCCCCUGGGUAUGGGUCUGGGUAUGGGCAUCGAGACCGCCCAGAACCUGGCGGGCAGCAUCAUCUCCGUGGUGCUCCAAGGACUGGCUGCGGGAACGUUCCUCUUCGUCACCUUCUUUGAGAUCCUCUCCCGUGAGCUUGAGGACAAACACGACCGUCUGCUCAAGGUACUGUUCCUCAUCUUGGGGUAUGGUGUUCUAGCCGGCCUCGUCCUCAUCAAAUGGUGAAGCCAUGGGGGAGAUAUCAUGAAGGGGUCUCAGGUCCUCAAGAAUGGGUAGUGUGUUUAUCAAAAAAAUCCAACAGUACUUACUGAACUUGGCUGUGAGUUCACCAGCAUUUCUAAAAGCCAAGGUUUAAACUUUGCUUCUGUGGAUCGCAUCUCCCCAUCAUUUACCAAGGGAACACCAUGGUACAUUCUCCUGCUUGUCAGUUAUGAAAUGAACAGACACAUAUGUUAUUUUAUUUGCUUAAUAACAAAUUUGUUUCUGUAUAGAUUAAGACAGAUAAGUGAAGGUAUUCUUUGACCAUAGGGAUAAGGCAUUGAUGUGCUUAUAACAAUUAAUUGUAUAUAUUUAAUCAUUAAUAGAGGUACGUUUUUAAGUUUUAGAUGGUGUUUUCUUUUUUAAAAAAGGCUGUAUUUUGUUUGUUUGUGUGUGUGCGCGCGCGUGUGUGUGUAAUUAAAAGUGAUAGAAGUCAUAAGUAAUUAGAAAAAAAUAAGAUGGUUAAAGAUAACACAAGUACUGUAAAUAUACCUCUUAUGUAUUAAUCGUUUGCAGAUGGUUACAUACAUGACCUGCUGCUAUACAGUGAGUUAUGGCAAGUAUGUCCACAUUACACUUUAACGUGUUGCAAACACAUUUUUUUCCAAAUUAUUCAGAUUUAGUCUCUAAUCAUUAGUAUUCACAUAACAUAUGCCAUUGAGAUACAUUUUUUUUAACUGGACUGGAUCCCUUUUAACCUUGUAGAAUGUCUAUGGGUCACUUGUUGAUUAUUAUUUUUAUUUUUUUUAAAGAGCAUUGCGAUGCAACAUUUAUGGUUAGGCUGCUCUCCUUAUUUAAAUACCAAUAUCCAGAAUAGACGAGGAUACUGAUUACUUUUAUUUAUUUUAUUAUUCUUAUUAAAGAAUUCCAUAGCUUCACCAUACACAUGUAGAACGCCAACCCACUACAUGUCUGUGGAAAAUAAAAACAAAAACAGAUGGUUUAAAUAGAAUUAGGCCAGUUUAUUUUUUUUAUUGAAUAUUUAUUUAUGUUUACAGAAGAAGCUGUUGUUCUCUAUGUUAUCUAAAUGUCAUACUUUUUAUUUUGAUACAUGUGAUUGAUUGUUAUUUAUUGAUUGAUAUUUUAUCCACACUUGUUACUGUGGUCAUCUGUGGUAUCAGCCUAAUGGUUGGGAUAGGUUUUUGUGACACUGUUAUAUGAAAUUGGGGACAGAUUUGGGUUUAUAACAUUUAUGUAGACUGUUAAUCUUCCUAAGGGGUAUGGUACAUGCAAAGCCUUUAUUUGGACUGUAUAAUACUCAUAUUUAUUCAGAAAAAUUAAAAUGGACAGUUUCGUGGAAUGUUAUAUAAAUGGAGCCAUUAGUUAUUUUUGUGCACUUGGCUAAAUGCACGCUUUUUUACUGACUGUUCAAAAAAGCAUACAUUUACAUCACGUUGUUUUCACUUUCAUUCAUUGUUUUCUGGAAAAGGAUGGAGACCGACAUGGUGAAAUGUGCCCAAAUGAUAACGUUUGUUUUUUCUGCAUUACCAAGUUCAUUCACCUAUGAUCAGAAAAUGUGCCAGAAGCAGGUGAAGCACAAAACAGAGGAAACUGAACACUGUCUGCUGUCUGAUUGUUGAAACCUACACGAAAAGCUUGAGAAACGAUCUUUUGACAAGGAUUUGAUGGUUCUACAAGUUAAAUAUUUUUUUACUCCACAAGUGUGAAUAGAAAAGUAACCUUUUGUUGUAAAAUGUUUGUAUUAUCUUUGACUUUUUAACCUUUUUUUUAAGGAACUUGGGUCUCAUAUCCUAAGGUAUCCCAUCAAAAUUGGGGAAGUGCAAAAUCAAAAGUAAAAUGUACUAUUAACAUGGCAAAUAAAAUUAAUGUUUACAAACAA